AUGGACGCCACUUCACAUCCUCUGGCCGGGUUUUACAAGCCGCUUGGCCUCAAGGGCCUCUUCUAUGGGCCGGAUGUGGUGAAACAGCACCUCAUUUCCUGCUUGCCCUCCGAAACCUCAAAAGCAUUCAUCAUCACCGGUGCCUCUCUAGCUAACAAGACGCCACUCAUCAAGGACCUCGAGUCGCUGCUCUCUUCCAAACACCACGCCGGCACUUUCUCCAACAUCAAAGAGCACGCGCCUGUGAAGCAGCUGGAUGAAGCUACCCAGAAGGUUCAUGGCGAUAGCACCAUCGACACUAUCAUCUCAGUAGGUGGUGGCUCGCCCAUCGAUUCCGCCAAAGCAAUCUCUUAUCGCCUGCACGAGAAAGGGGGUAACUUCCUAACCCACAUCACUAUUCCAACCACUCUCUCUGCUGCCGAAUGUACAGCAAUCGGUGGUUACACCAAAGAAGAUGGCGUCAAGACCGGUAUCGGUCACCCUGGCGUCUAUGCGAGCUACAUCUUCUAUGACUCCAAGUUUGGUUUGCAUACGCCUCCCUCCCUCUUUGCAUCCACCGGCAUCCGCGCCCUUGAUCAUGCGGUGGAGUUGCAAUAUCAUGGCACCGCGACAUUGAUGCCAGCGCGCUGGUCAGGCUUGAGUGCUAUCAAAGAGCUCUUUGACCUGCUUCCCAAAUACAAGGCCGACCCGAAGGAUGAAGACAUCAUCACCCGUCUAUUCCUUGCUGCGUUUGCAUCACUCGGCUUCUUGGGGCAAAACAUGAAAGGUGGACUCGGUCUAUCCCAUACCAUGGGUUACGCUUUGGGCUCGCCUUAUGGAAUCCCACAUGGUAUCACCAGCUGCUUGUCACUGGGCCAUGUGGUCAAGCUCAAGGCAAAGGCCAGCAAGGAGGAUGCUGCUAAGAUCGCCACCAUCCUGCCAUUCUUGGGCGAGAAGCAAAGCGGUGAUGACCUCAAGGAUGCUGAAGUAGUAGGGGACCGGAUACUGAAAUUGGUCUCUGACCUUGGAUUCAAGACAACAUUAACAGAGAAAGGCGUGGGAAAAGAUCAGAUCGAUAUCAUUGUGGGGCGGGCGACUGGCGGCCUUAACCCAGAUCCCAUGAAGAAGCUGCACUCGCGAGAAGAGGAAAUGGCCGUUGAGAUUCGAAAACUGGUGGAAGGCCUCUACUAG